AUUCGGCCCGGCUAGAGCCCACAACAGGUCUAGGGUUUCCUGGUUCUCCCACGGGGUUUCAGGAGACACAUAUAAUCCACACGCCGCCGUCUUUCUAAACUUCGCCAUCCAUUUUUCAUAUCCUCACUCGCCGCCGCCGCCGCUCGUCCCUCGCCCCAUCGCGAUGGCCCGGAUCAAGGUGCACGAGCUGCGGGGGAAGAGCAAGGCGGAUCUGCAAGCGCAGCUUAAGGAGUUUAAGUCGGAGCUCUCCCUGCUACGCGUAGCCAAGGUCACCGGCGGGGCUCCCAACAAGCUCUCCAAGAUCAAGGUUGUGCGCACCUCCAUCGCGCGCGUGCUGACCGUCAUCUCGCAGAAGCAGAAGUCGGCGCUGCGUGAGGCGUACAAGAAGAAGAAGCUGCUCCCGCUCGACCUCCGCCCCAAGAAGACCCGCGCCAUCCGCAGGCGCCUCACCAAGCACCAGCUCUCCUUGAAGACCGAGAGGGAAAAGAAGCGUGAGAAGUAUUUCCCCAUGAGGAAGUACGCUAUCAAGGCCUAGAUCAGUGAAAGAACAUUUAUCCUGUCAAGUUUUGCUCAGAAGUUACUUGAAUUUGAGACAAAUCUAUCUCCAUCCAAGUACUAUGUAGCUGAUCAACUGCAUGAUGAAAAACGAGUACUUUUUGCUUGUUUAAA